AUCAACUUUUGAUUAUGUCACCCUUAAUUUAACCAUACACACACAUCAAACACCAUUUCCAUUAUUAUUCCUCUCAUCUUUUCUAAAUAAUAUCUAACCUACAAAUAAUAUCUUUCCCUUCCUACUCUUCUUAUCUAUCUUCUCCUUCUCUCUUCAAACUCAACUCAACUCAAAAAGACAACAAAAGUCUUCUGAAAUAUCUUUCUACUUACAGAUCUUGUCCUUGUGUUUUCCUUACCUUAAGCUUCUGAAUUCACAGUAUUGAAAUUUUGCUAUUUUUAUCACAAUUAUUGGACUAAAGUUGGUUUAAAGAUGGGAUACAUAUGUGAUUUUUGUGGAGACCAGAGGUCGAUGGUGUACUGCCGAUCCGAUGCAGCGUGUUUAUGUUUGUCGUGUGAUCGGAAUGUUCAUUCAGCGAAUACGCUUGCUCGAAGGCAUUCAAGGACGCUUUUAUGUGAGAGAUGCAGUUCACAGCCUGCUUUGGUUAGGUGUUCGGAAGAGAAAAUUUCACUUUGUCAGAAUUGUGAUUGGUUAGGCCAUGGUAACUCGGCGUCUUCCAAUCAUAAGAGGCAAACAAUCAAUUGUUACUCGGGCUGUCCUUCGUCGGCGGAACUCUCUUCGAUAUGGUCUUUUGUGUUGGAUAUUCCUUCUUUAAGUGAAACUACGUGCGAGCAAGAACUUGGUUUCAUGAGUAUUAAUGAGAACAGAAGUGCUUGGGUCGAUCCGAAAAACCAGAAUACGUCUGAUUCGGAUAAAGUUACUGAUCAGCCUGACUUGGAUAAGUCUUUCGUCGGUACAUCUUCAAUUCCCGAAUCAAGCAAAGAACCGCACAUGAUCGACCGCCCUGAUGGACCUACUAAUGAACGUGCGCCAAAGUUAUACUGUCCUGCUACGAAAUGCCCUGAAAUUAGUGAAGAUGAUGAUGAUUUGUACGGCGAUUUCGAUAUGGAUGAAAUGGAUAUAAAUAUGGAGAACUAUGAUGAACUUUUUGGUAUGGCCCUCACUCAUUCUGAAGAGCUUUUUGAAAAUGGUGGAUUUAACAGCUUAUUCAGAGCAAAAGCCAUGUCUGCUGGAGAUUCCAAUUGUCAAGAUGCUAUAGUUGCUGAGGGUUCAUCGAUUGGACAUGUCAAUGCAGCGCAACCAGCAUGCAGCAAUGCAGCGUCUGCAGAUUCCAUAUUGAGUACUAAAACUGAACCGAAUUUUUGUAUUACGACAAAGCAAUCGCAAUCAAGUCUUUCUUUUUCUGGUAUCAAUGAAGACGGUUGUGCUGGAGAUUAUCAAGAUUGUGGAGCUUCUUCAAUGUUUCUCAUGGGAGAACCUCCUUGGUUAAACACUUGUCCGGAGAAUGAGCUGCAGCUACAAUCUGCUAACCGCUGCAGUGCUGUUAUGCGAUACAAGGAAAAGAAGAAAACACGCAAGUUUGACAAAAGAGUGAGGUAUGCCUCUCGCAAGGAAAGGGCUGAUGUACGAAGACGCGUGAAAGGCCGGUUUGUCAAAGCUGGCGAGGCCUAUGAUUAUGAUCCUUUGAGCCAAACCAGAAGCUACUGAAUGGAUAUAGCUUUCUUCAAGGACGAAAAACGGUGUACGAAGAAGACUGUGUUCAACAGUAUAAACUCAGAAGCUGAUUCUCCGUCCUUGGGUGGCAAGCGUAACGAUAUUGUUAAGCUUGGCAAUUUUUGCUUCUUAAUUCUCUUGUGUAAGAAUUGGGAAGUUAUGUAGGUUCUGCAUGCACCAUGUUUGCCAUGAUGAUGAGUUUAUUAAUUUGACAGUUCCAGAUAAAGUGCAAAAGUUGUAUAUUGUAUGCAGGUAGAUGUAUAAAUUUGCAAUGGAUCUGACUCAGACAAAAACUGUAAAGGAUAUUGAAUGGAAUGGUGUAGUAUUAUGUAUAGAAUAGGAUAUCAUGUAUGCUGCUCUAUAUUGGAAUUGUACCAAUACAAGUUUUGUUUGUUACUCCAUUUUA